AUGGCCUCCCACACUGAAGAUGCCGUCUUUGAGUGGCGCCCGGCAAGUCUUUUCCGGGACGGUCCACUAUCUGAGCCUUACGCAGUGAUCGUCCUCAACCAACCUCUACGGAACCUGCGUUCAAUUAAGCAUGUCUGGGCGCGGGCAUCGUAUCGCGUGGCCGCGGAUGGAGGUGCAAACCGGCUGCACGAUUCUCGCGAGGCGGCAGGCGAAUCAUUUGAAAACCUCAAUGUCAUUAUCGGGGACCUCGACUCGUUAAGGGAUGAAACACGCGCAUACUUUACGUCUCUCGGCAGUGCUGUUGUGCAUGAUCCGGACCAGUACUCGACUGAUUUCGGCAAGGCUGUCAAGUACAUCUGGGCGCAGCACCCACAAAUGCACAUAAUCGCCAUUGGCGGCCUGGGCGGACGGGUUGACCAAGGCGUGAGCCAGCUGCACCAUCUCUUCCUCUUCCAGGACGAUGGCAGCAGCGGCAAGGACGGCAUCGACCGCCGGAUGUACCUCCUUUCGAGCGAGAGCAUCACAUUUUUGCUGCCAACUGGCCGGCACUGCAUCCAUGUCCGGGAAGAGUCUGGGCCUGCCACGGCUGACGUCUUUGCCAAGUACGUGGGCAUCCUUCCGAUGCAAGGGCCCAGCAUCAUAUCCACAAAGGGACUCGAGUGGGAUGUGACGGAUUGGAACACCCAGUUUGGCGGCCUUGUGUCGACGAGCAACCACAUCCUGCCGGAUACGCGUACGGUCGAGGUCGAGACAAACCGGCCGGUGGUCUUUACCGUUGCAUUGAAAGACACGUGA